GUUUCCCGCCCCCACCCGUAAGAGUUGAGGUUUGACCAGCGCAAGUGAGAUUCUUGUCCCGGUUCCAGUUUUCCGUGGCUCCUCCUCCUGUCAUUGCAGGUGUUAUUCCUGGGACUCAGAUGGACCACACAGCCCGACCUACAUGCUUGCUAACCUUAACCCACUUGCAUUCAGAACAACUUCUGCAGGGCUUGAAUCUCCUUCGUCAGCAUCACGAACUCUGUGACAUCAUUCUUCGAGUAGGUGAUGUUAAAAUUCAUGCUCAUAAAGUGGUUUCUUGCCAGCAAUUCAGCCCAUACUUCAAGGCUAUGUUCACCGGAAACCUUUCUGAGAAGGAGAACGGUGAGGUUGAGUUCCAGUGCAUCGAUGAGGCUGCGCUGCAGGCCAUCGUGGAGUACGCCUACACGGGGACAGUUUUCAUCUCUCAGGACACCGUUGAAUCUCUCCUGCCAGCAGCAAACCUGCUCCAGAUAAAACUUGUCCUGAAGGAAUGCUGUGCAUUUCUUGAAAGCCAGCUUGACCCUGGUACUGUAUUGGAAUUUCCCGUUUUUGCAGAGACGUAUGGUUGUCAUGACCUUUAUUUGGCAGCUACUAACUACAUAUGCCAGAAUUUUGAAUCUGUUUGCCAGACAGAAGAGUUUUUUGAGCUUACGCAUGCUGAUUUAGAUGAAAUUGUCUCCAAUGACUGCUUGAAUGUAGCUACCGAAGAGAGUUUUUAUGCAUUAGAGUCUUGGAUCAAGUAUGAUGUGCAAGAACGCCAGAAAUACUUAGCACAGCUGGCUGAACAGGUACGAUUACCAUUGCUGAGUGUUAAGUUCCUCACUAGACUCUAUGAAGCAAAUCACCUUAUCCGUGAUGAUCGUACUUGUAAACAUCUUGAUGAAGCUCUAAAGUACCACUUCAUGCCUGAACAUAGACUCUCGCAUCAGACAGUCUUGAUGACGCGACCUCGCUGUGCUCCCAAAGUAUUGUGUGCAGUAGCGAGGAAAUCUGGACUCUUUGCCUGUUGGGAUAGUGUGUUCAUGUACUUUCCCCAGAAUGACUCUGGAUUGUCUGGCACCUCUAAUAUUCCUCGCUAUGAAUUUGGAAUAUGUGUUUAGACCAAAAAGUCUAUGUUAUAGGGGGGUAUUGAGACUGAUACGUGCGUCCCUGAGGUCACUGUCAAAAACAUGAAAAGCUCAGUGGAGUGUUGGGAUCCUGAUACAAACACCUGGACGUCUCUAGAGAGAAUGAACGAGCCGAAGCACACCCUUGGAGUGGCGGUCCUUGCAGGAGAACUCUAUGCUUUAGGUGGAUAUGACGGACAGUCUUACUUGCAAUCUGUAGAGAAAUACAUCCCCAAAAUAAGACAUGCAACCGUGGCCCCAAUGACAACCACACAAGGAAGUUGUUUUGCUGCGGCUGUUCUGGAUGGAAUGAUAUAUGCCAUUGGAGGAUAUGGCCCUGCUCACAUGAACAGUGUGGAACGAUAUGAUCCAAGUAAGGAUUCCUGGGAGAUGGUUGCUUCCAUGGCUGAUAAAAGGAUUCACUUUGGCGUUGGAGUUAUGCUAGGUUUUAUUUUUGUGGUAGGUGGGCAUAAUGGUGUCUCGCAUUUGUCAAGCAUUGAAAGAUAUGACCCUCAUCAAAAUCAGUGGACAGUGUGUAGACCAAUGAAAGAGCCCAGGACAGGAGUUGGUGCUGCAGUAGUUGAUAACUACCUUUAUGUAGUCGGUGGUCACUCAGGGUCUUCCUAUUUGAACACAGUACAGAAAUACGACCCUAUCUCAGAUACAUGGCUGGACUCAGCUGGCAUGAUAUACUGCCGCUGCAAUUUUGGAUUGACUGCACUUUGAGAAGUGUGAACUCGUGGACAUUGCACAUGGUGGUGCCGCAGGAAAGAACGCCCGGUGUCCUGAACCUGAAAGCUGCACUGCUUUCUCUGUAACUUGAAGUGGCAUGAAGACUCAAAGUCUUGUUGGGUACUUUGAACUGACAAAUAGUUUGACUUGCUCUUGAUUAUACAGUGAAUCAAUAAUUAAAAAACAAAAAGAAAGAAAGAAAAAAAAAGGAAAGACCUAACCAAUUGAAUUGUGCACUUUUCUCCACUAAGACUGGGAUAAACUAGUUUCUAUAUUCCUAAAUUUAGAUAAAACCUUGCUGCUUUUUAAUUUGUUUUCAAUAGUUUAAGCUCUUCUUUCUUGAUCUGUAUCAUGAUUUACUAGGAUGAGAGACGCUUCAGACCUUGGAGUGUAGCGAAUGACUGCACAGAAUGUGGCUAGUGAUUGUGGAAUGCAAAUUCAUAUGCUUCACAUUGGUUUUUUUUUU